GCAAAAUCUUUUAGAGCCAAAUAUUCUUGUGUGAAUACUUAACACUAAAGGCCAGAACCUGAGAAUCUUUGGCCUUUAAGCAACCUUUGCUCCAAGCUAUUCUGCAUUCUACUGUCCUCUUUAUGAAAUGAAUUUUGAAAAUGUAGUUCUUAUUUUCUUCUUCAUCCUCUUGAACCUGCAUGAAUUGCAAUCAUCUUGGAAUCAACCAUGCCAAAAACAAGAGCAGUCACACAUGCCGAUAUUGCACCAAGUCCUGGAAGUACGGAUUUGGGUAGCAACACAGCUGCCUUCCUCGUGGUUUUUACCAUAGCUUGUGGCCUAUUUUGCUUCAUUCUUUGCCUUAUAGCUGAAGCCACUCGUUCCCAGGUGACAUGGGUGAACUCUGAUAGUAAAGAAAUUGAUGACGAUUCUCAAUGUAUAUAUACUGGGAGUGGCAGGACACCAUUUUUGUGUUCUGCUAUUGCAUUUGUAGUACUGGCAGUUGCCAUGGUGGUGGAACAUAUGUACAUGUUAAUUGCAGUGAGCAAAGCACCGCCUCAGGCUCUAGUUGCUUGGGACGCUAAUUCUGCUUGUGCCAAGAGCAUCACAAGGCAGGCAGGAUUUUUCUUUGUUACAACCUGGAUAUGCUUUGCUGUUGGAGAAAUCUUGUUGUUAAUUGGGCUAGGUGUGGAAUCAGGGCAUCUGAAGAAUUGGUCCAGACCAAGGCCGAACUGCCUCAUCAUUAAAGAAGGCUUGUUCUCUGUUGCAGGAAUCUUUGCAUUGUUAACAGUCUUCUUUGCUUCUGGAUUAUACUUGACAGCAUUGCGUGCACAAAGAAUGUCCCAAGAGCACGAAAACACUCGGCGAGAAAUACUCGAGGCCUCUGCCCUCUACGCGUCUCCGCCAAGGUCACCUCAACAUCACAUGAUCACCGCCAUUGCCAGAGAAAAUCCAGUCGCCAGAGAGAAUCAGACUCAAGAACCAUCGUUCACAUAUCCACCAGCUUUCACCAAGCAGUUACACUUGGUGUAAAGCAAGAAAAGGAUAUGUAAGUUGGUGCUCUUGUCUGCUUAGCAAAGCCAUAGGCAGAAUUUAGAGGAUCUAUGGUGGCAAGUAAUCACGAGGAAAUGUAUACAUGUGCAUGCGGGAAAUUAUGAUUGGUAUGAUUCUGUAAA